AUGCAACUUACAUUUAUCAUCUUUUUCAUCUACGCUUACAUUCCACUAGUUCAAAAUACUCAACAGCAAAUUGAGCUCGAUGAAAUUUCAAUCAAACCAACAGUCGGAGAGCCAUGGCCUAAACCUCAAUCAAUACAGACAACAUCGGUACGUUUUGCUGUUCAUCCAGCUGCUUUUCAUUUUUUGACAAACGAGACAAGUCAACAAUGUGAUUUACUACGCAAUGCUUUCGAUCGAUAUUAUAAAAUAAUUUUCUUUCCACAAACAUAUAUGUUACAUUUGACUGAUCCACUCUUAGCAGAUAUCAAAAUUCAUCAUUUAAAAGAAGCAUUGAGAAAUGUAUCCGAUCUCGGUGAUGUAACAUUGCUUAAACGAUUAAUUGUCAAUAUUGAACAACCAUGCGAAGAAUGGCCACGUCUGGAAUCGAAUGAAUCAUAUACGCUCGUUGUUAAAGAAGGACAUGCUCUACUCGAUGCUGUAUCUGUAUGGGGUGCUCUGCGAGGUCUAGAAACUUUCAGUCAGCUUAUCUAUCCGGAUAGCGAUCUCCAAUUUGCCAUUAAUGAAACUACUAUUUAUGAUUUUCCUCGUUUUCAACAUCGCGGGUUUUUACUUGAUACCGGGACACAUUUUAUUUCGCAAAAAACGCUUAAAAUAAAUUUGGAAGCAAUGGCACAAAGUAAAAUGAAUGUUUUUCAUUUUCAUAUUGUUGACGAUCAAUCUUUUCCGUAUGAUUCAAUCACCUAUCCUGAACUCAGUGGUAAAGGAGCAUUCGACCGAAAUCAUAUUUAUUCUCAAGCUGAUAUUGGUGAAUUACUCGAAUUUGCUCGACAACGUGGUAUUCGAGUUUUUAUUGAAUUUGAUUCACCAGCUCAUAGUCGAUCAUGGGGUAGAGCAUAUGAUAUAUUGACUCAAUGUUAUAGUGAAAAAAAACCAAAUAAUAAAUUGGGACCGAUGGAUCCUAGUCGAAAUGCAACAUUUGAAUUUCUUAAAAAUUUCUUUCAUGAAGUUGCACAGAUUUUUCCCGAUCGUUAUGUUCAUUUGGGUGCUGACGAAGUUUAUUUUGAUUGCUGGGAAAGUAAUCCAUCCAUAACACAAUUCAUGAGACAAAUGGAAUUCGGAACAAACUAUUCGUUGCUUGAGCAGUACUUUAUGCAAACAUUAAUUAAUAUUGUAAAUGCAACUGGAAAGAAUUAUGUUGUCUGGCAAGAUAUUAUUGAUAAUAAUGUCACGUUGCAAACUGAUACAGUUGUUGAAGUUUGGAAGGAACCCUAUCCUGACGAAAUGGCUCGAGUAACAAAAUUAGGUUAUAAAACCCUCUUAUCAUCAUGCUGGUAUUUGAAUCUUAUUUCAUAUGGUGACGAUUGGCAUAAAUACUACAAAUGUGAUCCAUACAAUUUCACAGGGACCGAAGAACAAAAGAAAUUAGUCAUGGGUGGUGAAGCCUGUAUGUGGGGCGAAUAUGUUGAUUCAACGAACGUCAUAUCAAGCACAUGGCCUCGAGCAGCAGCACCCGCCGAGCGUUUAUGGUCAUCGGUCGAUACAAAUGAUGUAAUAGAAGCAGCUCCUAGACUUGCAGAGCAUCGUUGUCGAUACUUACGACGAGGUAUACCAGCUGCACCAGUCAACGGACCUGGCUACUGCCCAACUGAAUAUUCUGGCUAA